GUGAUGUUUAACAUUUGGACAGCGGAGACGCGCAUGCAAAGGUUGGCCCGAUGAUAAUUAAGUCUAUCAGCGGUGGACAGUCAUUAAGAAUCAAGAUGUCUGUGUUUUCGAUACUGUCUGCGUUACCGGUACUCGGGUUCACACUGUGGUUUCUGUUUUUCCGAAGAGUGACCAGGACAUCGCCGAAGCCGAUAGUAAAGCGGGAGAAGGGACAACCAGUCUAUCCUAUCGAGUACAACUUGACCAGUCGGGAAUCGUAUCCGCGCGUUAAUGGAUUUGCAUUGAAAAUAUUUGCCAAGGUCAUUCAUUCCUUUAUGGGACAAGCUGUAUUGGGACCAAAUGCAUUUGUGAAAAACAACUAUAAUCUGUUGAGAAAAAUCCAGUAUGAAGACUCAGCUGUGUAUGUCCCGUUUGAACCAUUUACUGGUCCUGAAAUGUCACCAGAGGAUGGAUGUCCAGUUGAUCUGGAAAAAUUCAUCAAUGCCGAAGAGACUGCGACUGAAGGUUUUCAAUUUUGUACUGUCUCUAAUUAUUACAAAGCAUACAGGACGGGUGGCGUUUCUCCCAUGGAUGUAGCUGAGAAAGCAAUCAAAGCAAUAGAAGACUCUGAACAGUUGACACCAAAGUUGAGAGCAGUGGUUCAAUACAAUGUACAGGAAAUUAAAAGGAUGGCGAAGGCAUCCUGUGAGCGUUUUGAAUCUAAUAAACCACUUUCAGUGUUUGAUGGUGUACCGGUCCUGGUCAAGGAAGAAGUGCAUGUUGUUCCAUACUACAAAAGAGAUGGCUCUGCGUCCAUUGGAAAUACACAGACCAAAGAAGAUGCCACCAUGGUGAAGAAAUUACGAGAUGCAGGGGCCGUAAUUCUAGGUGUCACCAACAUGCAUGAAUUUGGUAUGGGUGUUACUGGGAUCAACUCAAGCAUAAUUCAUGGGACAGCAAGGAACCCGUACAAUACUGAUCAUUGCUGUGGUGGUAGUUCUGCUGGAUCAGCCUCUGCUGUUGGAGCUGGUUUGAGCCCUGUGGCCAUUGGAACAGACGCUGGUGGAUCUAUUCGUAUUCCCGCAUCACUGUGUGGUGUCGUUGGUUUCAAACCAACAUACGGUCGUGUCAGUUUAGCUGGUGGCUGUUCUGACUUUUCUCUGUUACAUCACGGACCACUUGCCUGCUGUGUACGUGAUGCUGCGCUUAGUUACGCCAUCAUGGCAGGGCCUGAUAAAAAAGAUCCAACUAGCCUGCACCAACCAAUCGUAUCUCUGGAUAGAUUCGAUGACAAAAGUUUAACUGGUCUUCGUGUCGGAAUUGACUGGAGGUUUUUUCGUGACACGAGCACAGAAAUACUUGCUUCAUGUGAAAAAGCAUUACUGUACAUAGAGAGUCUGGGAGCCAAAGUGGUGGACGUACAAAUUCCAGAACUUGAAGAACUCAGAAUAGCACAUUUAUGUGUAGCACUGUCUGAAAUGGGUACCAUGAACAGAGAGGAAUUCAACAGUUGUUUACAUCUAAUGGGAGGAGAUACCAUCUCUUCUAACGGCGUAGGCCAACUCUUCACUGGCUCUGAUUUUGUCCAGGCAAAUCAGCAACGAGGUCGCUCCAUGAAGUUUAUUCGGGAAAUAUUUGGCAAGGUUGACUGCAUCAUAACACCAGCUACUGGUAAAACGGCUGUUAAAAUCCACCCCGGUGACUUAAAGUAUGGAGCAGUUGAAGAAAGCACUUUAAACAACUACAUCAGAUAUAUGUUUAUUGGAAACAUGCUGGGUCUUCCAAGCCUUGUUCUCCCCAUUGCUUAUGACACCAAUGGUCUGCCAAUUGCUCUGCAACUUCUCGGUAAUUGGUGGCAGGAAGACGUUGUUUUGCGUAUUGGACAUGCCACUGAAGGAUUUCUACAGAAAGCUAAACCACAAGUGCAUUAUUCUCUAUUAAGCUAGAGGGCAUUCUAGUAAUAAUAAAAAAGUUAGAGGGC